AUGGCAGUAGUUUAUUGGAUGCCACCCAAGAAAGUGAACUGCGUGGCCUUACGAAGUGCAUUGGAAGACAGUUACAUCAUGUGUCGUCAACACAGAGAUAAUAAUGAACAAUUUCUGUCUUCAACAAUGAUCGAUACAGAAAUGGAGAUUCUAUAUAAAGAAUCCUGCCAAAAUACUAAAUUCGAUAUGAUUUACAGUCCUUUGUUACAUUAUAAUCCGGAUGAAUGUGCGACAACUAAAAUCGCAUGUAAACAAAUUACAUUUACAAAACUUAUUGGUAGCGGCGCAUUCGGAAUGGUGUUUCAAGGAAAGGUGAAGAACUUAGAAGGAUCGGAUACAGAGAUAUCCGUUGCAAUAAAAACGCUUCGGAAAAAUGCUUCUUCCCAUGAGAAAAAGAAAUUGUUAAAGGAAGCCGAGCUUAUGAAUCAUUUUCGACAUGAACAUAUAUUAAGAUUGUUGGCCGUUUGUAUAGAAGAGGAUUCUCCGUUACUAGUGUUGGAAUUGAUGGAAACUGGUGAUCUGUUAAAAUAUUUGAGAGAUUGUCGAAAUUUGAAAGCGUCAGAUUCGCAUGCUCUGCGUUUACAGGAUUUGCUCGCAAUGUGCGAAGAUGUUGCGCGAGGUUGUUGCUACUUGGAAGAGUUGCGUUUCAUGCAUAGAGAUCUAGCGUGUCGCAAUUGA